CUCGUCCGGCGCGGGCGGCGCGGGCAGGGCUGCCCGGGCUCCGCUCCGGUGCCGGUGCCGGUGCCGCACCAUGCGCGGGCCCGGGGCUCGCCCGGAGCGCUCCCGUCCCGCCCGCGGCCCCGGCGGGGGCGCAGCGCGGUAGCUCCCGGUGCAUCCCAGCCGGGGCAACUCGCAGGCGAGUUCGGGCACCUCGGCCGGCCCCGGGGAGCCGCGGGGGCCGGGGGUGGCCGGAGCCGGGGCCCCCCGGCCGCAGCAACAGGUGCCGUCGGCCCGCGGGGAUGGAGGGCGGCGAGCGGCCGGCAGCCCCCGCCGGAGCCGGGCCGCCCGCAGCGGGAGGGGCUCGGCCGCUCCCCGGCGCCGCUCGUGCCCUGGCCCGGCCCCGGCGCGGAGGAGGCUGACGGCGCUCCGGGCUCUCCCCGCCGCUCGCUGCUCUGCGGCUCCGCUCCGCCCGCUCCGGGGCUCCCGGCGCACCAUGGAGGCUCGCGGGUCCCAGCGCUGCCGCCUCGCCUAGGCUGAAGGUUGUCAUAAGAUGCCACAACUGUCCGGCUCAAGGUAUGUGCCACUCCUGGUGUGGUUUAUAACCCCAGCUUCUGAAAAGGAGGUUCUGUGGCUCAGCAAGUGGCCCUAGCAGGGGUUCUGUCCCUGGGGUGCCCAUCCAAGGGAGAAGACACUUGCAGGAGCAGCGAAGGGAUGCAAAGUUGUCUUCCAAGAUGACUCUUAUGCCUGGAGAGAACUCCGACUAUGACUAUAGCGCCCUGAGCUGUACUUCAGAUCCUUCCUUCAACCACACGUUCUUUCCAGAGUCUGAAACCCUCAAGGGAGUGUUUUACCAAAGAGCCAGGCUCAUCCACCCUCAGGAGGAUCUCCUCAAAGGCUUCCACCCCGACGACCGCAAGCGUCACAUCAUCAUCAACGUGGGCGGCAUCAAGUACCUGCUGCCCUGGACCACGCUCGACGAGUUCCCCCUGACGCGCCUGGGACAGCUCAAGUUCUGCACUAACUUUGACGACAUUCUGAACAUCUGUGACGAUUAUGAUGUGACGUGCAACGAGUUCUUCUUCGACCGCAACCCGGGGGCGUUCAGGACGAUCCUGACCUUCCUGCGGGUCGGCAAGCUCCGGCUCCUGCGGGAGAUGUGCGCGCUGUCCUUCCAGGAGGAGCUGCUCUACUGGGGCAUUGAGGAAGACAACUUGGACUGGUGUUGUAAAAGGAGGUACCUGCAAAAAAUGGAGGAGCUCACAGAGAUUAGUGAACGGGAGGAUGACCUCCUAGAAAAUGAAACAACAGGUGAAACAGUAGAGGAGACAAAAAUUGGUUUGUGCAUGAGAAAGUUGCAAGACAUGGUGGAAAGGCCCCAGUCUGGCCUUCCUGGAAAGGUGUUUGCGUGUUUGUCUGUUUUGUUUGUAACUAUUACAGCAGUGAACUUAUCCAUCAGCACCAUGCCUGACCUGAGGGAGGAGGAGGAAAAGGGUGAGUGUUCCCAGAUGUGCUACAAUAUUUUCAUUGUGGAGUCCGUGUGCGUGGCCUGGUUCUCCCUGGAGUUCCUGCUCCGCUUCAUCCAGGCCCGGAGCAAGUUCGCGUUCCUGCGGCGGCCGCUGACGCUGAUAGACAUAAUCGCCAUCCUGCCCUACUACAUCACCCUGCUGGUGGACACGGGCUCCGAGGGCUCCAAGAAGCCCAGCUCGGGCAACAUCUACCUGGACAAGGUGGGGCUGGUGCUGCGGAUCCUGCGGGCGCUGCGCAUCCUGUACGUGAUGCGGCUGGCGCGGCACUCGCUGGGGCUGCAGACGCUGGGGCUGACGGCGCGGCGCUGCACGCGCGAGUUCGGGCUGCUGCUGCUCUUCCUCUGCGUGGCCAUCGCGCUCUUCGCGCCCCUGCUCUACGUCAUCGAGAACGAGAUGGCCGACUCGCAGGAGUUCACCAGCAUCCCCGCCUGCUACUGGUGGGCCGUCAUCACCAUGACCACCGUGGGCUACGGGGACAUGGUGCCCAGGAGCAUCCCCGGGCAGGUGGUGGCCCUGAGCAGCAUCCUCAGCGGCAUCCUCCUCAUGGCCUUCCCGGUCACCUCCAUCUUCCACACCUUCUCGCGCUCCUACCUGGAGCUGAAGCAGGAGCAGGAGAGGAUCAUGUACAGGAGAGCGCAGUUCUUGCUGAAGGCCAAGUCUCAGAUGAGCAAUGAGUCACAAGGCAGCGAGGUUUUGUUCACCACUCUCUCUUCCGAGACUAGGGACAAUGAGUGAAUUUACGUUCCUGUUUCUCUUGCUGUCGUUGUAUCAGAGUCCACCUUUUGAUUCGCUCUGGAAGCACCUUACAAAGGUAAUCCUCAUAUUAAAACGAAGAGAAGGGGCUCUAGCUGGGACCUGACGUGGUUACAGAGGUCUGUUAUUAUGCUGUUCCUUCCCCCCCAUAUAAUGCAUAGGGCAGAACUUUCACUGAGAUCAUGCAGUGGGAUUUAAAGAAUUAAAAUUUCUCUGGCAACAACAAAAAAGAAGAGCAACAUAUAAUUAUGCACUUGACAGGCUGUUUUGCCAUUUGUAAUACACAUUUUUCCAACCGAAUCACAAUGUACAUAAUCAUUAAACAGGCGACCAUUUUUCUUGUUCCUCUUGUAUAUAAAUAAUGUAAAUACAUCAGGAUUAAUGGCUGAAUUGUCUCCCAGUAACACGCCUUAGAGGGUAAUGGAAAUAACCACAGAUGUUUGUCCCAUUGUGCUUUAAAAAACGUCACGUAACAUUCGUCACUCAGCACAGAACCAGCUCCUUCUCUGCAAGUCAGCCCUAACCACAGCAGAACAGGAGAAUCGAGCUGUUUAUAGCCUAACCUUGCUAAAGAUGUAAAUACUCAGAGCUCACCAGCUUCAAAAUUUAAUUGAUGUUGCAGCAUUGAUCCGAUGCCAUCGAAUGCAACAUUCCAAGGAGCAAAGCCUUGGAGUUUUGUAGCACUUAACGUUAUUAUAGGAGGUGACUAGCUGCAAACCCAGUGAAAUAUGCAUGAGGAGAUGCCCGCCUUCCCCACCAUCUGUUCCCAGCUUCCCUCUCCCUCAGCUCUGCGGGGAACUGGGAGAGGGCAGCCCCAGGGACCCCGGCGCCGCUGGGCAAACCGGGGCCACCCUUCCCACGAGCCGUCACUGCGGCAGGAGCAGGAGCCCAUGCCCGUGGCAAGAGGAAAAUCGGAUUGGAGCCGUGGAGGGGAGCACAGAGAGCUCUGAGCUUCCCUGCCCUCCAUCAGCAGGGGCUCAGCACAGGCUUCACCUCAGCUCUGCCGUCAGCGCUCACCUGCUGGCAAUGGGGAGGGUUUAAACAGGACAGGAAAAGCAAUGAACAGCCCAAAGCACAGGCAGGGGUUGUUCAUCUUGGUCCAGGCUCUGUCCCGAGCGCAGGGACACACAGGGACACUCGGGUUUGGCACAGGUUCUGUGCACGUUCACCACAGACCCCCUUUACUUUAGAGGGACUGACCCUGACUUGCAGAACAGCUCAGGAGAAAAACUCCAGAACUUCAAAAUCAUUAAAUCCACUUGUUUGAUUUCAUGCUGAGAGGUAAAGAAAAGCUGAUUUAAAGUGUUUCACCUAUUUCCACUCUUUUUCAGUGAAAUUACUUACUAGCAGUUAAGAACUUGGGGAAUUUAGAAGUCCCCAUCACACUGACCAGUGCUUCUUUGUCUUAAUUUUCAGAAAUACUAUUUCUUAUUGGCAUUUCUGGAGCAGGUUGCAUGAAAUGUCAGAAUGCAUAAUGGUUUAUGGUUUAAAUGAAGGCCAAGGACACAACAUUGUCCUUCCAAAAAAAGUAAAAUCAGUUUCUCAGUCUGUGCUGGUUGGCCAGACCUACAGCACGCUGAUUUUCUGUUCAAAUGACUUUAAAAUACAAUUUGAAGCUGUUCUUAUAUGCUUGUUCCUGAAGGAAAAUUCCAAAACUUUUAAAAAUGCACUUUACAAAUAAUUAGGGCUCUAGCAUUCUCCAGCCUGUGGUAGGGAAAUGUGCCUAUGGAACAUUGCUGCAGAGUGCUAAAAUACCCAGUCUAAACUCUUGGCAAUUAAGUCUGUGCCAAAGCUGCAAAUGAACCAGCUUUUCACUCUUGUUCUUCAUCUUUAAUUAGAGUUGGACAAAAAACAGGAACAUCGUGACAAAAAUUUCUUCUCCCCGUUUUUUUGAAAUUUCAGAACUGUUUGAUCAUCUGGAGCAUUGGCUCCAGCACAAGUGCUAUGCAUCUUCUACCUUUGUGUCAGCGUUCGUUAUAAAAAGAACUGGUAAUUAGAUUAGUCCUGUGAGCAACAGUUGCUUAUCUAAGAAUGUGUUUGACAGGCUGAGCCAUAAAUAAGGAGCUGUACGUGAAUAUAGGGAGAAAUCAAGACUUACCAAAUAAAACCUAAGCUCAUUUCCAUGUUCUGCUAAUAAAUGCUGUAGGGCCAUCCAUUUUCUCACUGUCUUUACAUUAGUGCUCAUUUAUUUCAUGUAACACUUAAUUUUUUUUUUUAUCCCAAAACCGGAGCUUGAUUCUAAAGCCCUUGUCCAAUAAAAAUAAAAUAAAAGCAUCA